CGACGACCACGCGAUAUCGAAUUUCGUUGCGACGACGGUGAAUUAGGUAACCUCGUCGGGACACCAGAGUUCAACCCGAUGCGAAGCUAGCAUACACACACAUCCUCUCGUCUUCGAGGCCCCUCGACAUGUCCGCACCCACCCCGGGGCCCUCCCAUCGGUCGAUAUCCAACAUUCGUUCUGGAGCAGCCAACCUCCCGCACCCUGGCCCAAGUAGUCCACGCACGCCGGCUCGCGGUAUCGCCUCCACCUUCGGGUCACCAUCGAGUCUUCGCGUCGAAGAAGAAACCGUUAUAAUUGAAAUUGGAGCCAGGUUUAUCAGGGUUGGGUUCGCAGGAGACCACGCGCCAAAAGCGGUGCUCUGCUCCGGGCCUGAGGAGCAACGCCGUGCUGGAGAUUUCAGAUCAUGGGUGUCCCAGUCAGGUGACAGGGAACAUCCCAAGGAGCAGCCCUCGCGGGCAGAAUGGACUCGGGAUUAUGAGAUAUGGGCUUCUGAUCUUCGCGAUUCAGAUGUUAGUCUCGUGCAGGACAAGAUCGAUCGCGCCCUGCGAGAGGCGUUCAAUAGACAUCUCCUCAUCGAUUCCCGACCUCGUCGCAUGUCCCUAGUUCUGCCAUCUAUGAUACCCCUUCCACUGGUCUCUGCCACCCUUGAUACACUUUUCAACCGCUUCCAAGCCCUCACCGUCUCACUCGUUUCGGCACCCGUCAUGUCGGCCGUGGCAGCCGGUGUGCGGUCCGCUAUCGUCGUAGAUCUCGGCUGGGCCGAGACUGUGGUCACCAGCGUGGAUGAGUACAGGGAAACCCGCCAGACGAGAAGUGUCCGCGCUGGCAAGAUGCUCAUAAAUGAGGUGCUGAGCCUGCUGGCGGAUUUACAAAGCGACCAGCCUGGUCACCAGCCGAGACAGAGAGAAGAAGAAGAGGAAGAAGAAGAAGAAGAAGAAGAAACCCAAGAGAAACAACAACAUGAAGAACACCAACCAGCCAGACCUUUUCUAAGCUUUGAAGAGUGCGAAGAUGUAACCUGCCGCAUGGUAUGGUGCCGGCAGGUCGCGGAAAUGCAGACGGCGGGCGAUGCAGGCAGACUGUCGACAGUUCAGGAGCAUGAAGAGGCUCCAGACGAACCAUCGGACCCGCAAGAUGAUCCGGCACAUCUCGUGCGCAUCCCGCUAGACUCGUGCAAUCCGCCAGGUGUUGUCGAAGUACCGUUCCAACGCCUUUCUGAGCCAUGUGAGAACACGUUUAUGGCGGCUCAGUAUGACAAGACCAGUUUUGAUGAUAACGAGCUGCCGAUUCCACAGCUUGUUUACCAACACCUCCUAUCCCUCCCAAUUGACGGCCGGGCGGCCUGCAUGUCCCGAAUACUUUUCACGGGCGGUUGUUCAAACAUACCGGGCUUGCGCCAGCGACUAUUUGACGAAUUAUGCCUCAUGGUUCGCAACCAGGGAUGGGAUCCGGUGCGUGGGAAAGGAGCUGAGCAAGUCAAGAGAGGUGUGGCGAAGGCGGGCGUCACCCAGAGAGCUGCAGGGGGGUACGAUGGCGUCCUGCGGGGAGCUACCAGUCCAGAUCCUGAGAAGGAUUCCGUCGAACAGCUACUCGAAAAGACGAGGAAGAAUGUGGUCGACGGGGGCGUGCAGGGCAAACUCAGGGCUGUCCGCACGUUAGGUGCGUGGAGCGGGGGCAGCAUGGUCGGGCAUCUCAGAGCCAUGGCCGUUGCCACCCUUGACCGCGAUUUGUGGCUGCAGCAAGGGGUUCAUGGUGCCUCGAAGCCUGGCGAAGUCGACCUCAAGGCCCAACAACGACAAAGCUUAAGUCAUGGGAGCUUGUUGCGUGGAGCGUCGAGUGCCUCGACCGCUUGGACGCUCGGUGCCUGGGGAGUUGUCUAAACAGUAUGCCGUCUGGUAUCGGAUGCGUCUCCCGUACGACAAUCAUCAGAUAUUCGCCCCUCCUUUUUUUUGUCGAAAACACGAGCAGCUGUGCUGAAUGACUAUGAAUGCGGGAUGCAAAAGGUGUAGGUAGAGAGGGUAUAAUAUCGUCAGUCUAACAGUAGAAUCUAUAUAAUAACAACGCCCCUAAUUUAUAUAAGGACCG